AAAAUCUCUAAGUUUUACCUUAACGAUAUUGUAACGGGUUUGCAAUGAUUGAUAGCAUUCACAUACUUUGACAGACAACUGAUGUCAUUAAGAGGAGAAGUUCUUUCACUUUAUAGAAGAAUAUUUAGACUAUCCAGCCAAUGGAAAAAUAUCACAGCUAGCAUUGAAGAUUCAGCCACAGAAAAGAUUUACAUCCAAAAUGAAGCUAGAACAUUAUUUCACAAAAACAAAAAUCUACAAAAUGAGGAGGAGAUAAAAAUGCACAUUAAAGAAGCAGAAACAAGAUUAGAAAUGGCAAUACAUUACAAGAUGCCAUACCCAAGACCUAUGAAUUUACCUCAGACAUUAUUACCACCCACAGGGAAGAAAUUAAAGAAAGCUCAGAAAAGGAUGUUAGAACAAUCAAAACCGCUAUAUCUAAAGUCUUAUGAUGAUACAUGAAUUAUUUUAUGUUUAUGUAAAUAGACUUGUAAAUAGAUUAUAUUAUUUUAUUGACA